AUGCCGAAGCUGCCGGGACAGGGCACCAAGGAGGGAGACCGCGGGGUGGCAGGGCGCUCCUCUCAAACUGUGUUCCCUAAAUUCCCGCUUCCGCUGGGAGCAGUCCGAGUGCAGCGGGCACUGGAGGGAGCUGCCAGGAGGCCCGCCCCCUCUGCCUGCGCGCCCUUCCUGCCCCGGGGCUUCCUGAAGAGCUGGCUCAGCACAACACCCUCCAGAAGGGCUGGAGGCUCCCCCUGCCAGGGGGCUCCAGGCCUCCUCUGGGCCCGGCCAGCCCGCAGUCACGCACCGGGCUCGGCCACUGCCCGGCUUCCCAUCCCUCUGCCGCCUGGAGCGCGCUCCGGCCCGGCUCGGGGUUCGGGUCCCCUCCUCGCGUGGCUCUCGGCGGCCUCCAGCCCCUUGCCAGCCCAGCAGGGGGCGCGGAAGCUGACCGCUUCCCCAUCAGUGCUCCCUGGGCCCAAGCCGGUCCCAGCCCAAGGCUCCACCUGGCAAAGACCGGAAGGCACCGGAAGGCUGGUUGCUCCCGCCGCCCCCCGCCAGUCCCCAAAGGCAUUGGACGAGCCGUGGCCGUUUAAGGAGGGACAGGGAGGGGGGAGGGAACCAGCCGGCUCCCGGACGGCUGAGCAGCGGGACAAAGGCCCGGGAGCACCACCUAGUGGGGGCGUUUCUCGGUGUCGGCGCCGCUGGGGGGAGCCCUUGCUCGGCUCAGGCUUCGCUUUCACUCCUCCAGGGGGUGGGAGCCCCGGGCCUUUCGUUCCCGGAGGGGGGGGCCGCUCUCCCCCUCGGCCCGGUGGGAACCCCGCUGUCCCCGGGGGAGAGCGCGUCUGCAUCGCCGGAAGCCUCCCCGCCCCAACGGACCGGCAGCCCCGUGGUCGCGGGUCCCCCUCCCCUUCAGAAGAGGAAACUGAGGCGAGAGCGAUCUCGCGGGUGCGAGCCCCGCUCCCGGUGGCGGGGAGGGAGCUGGGAGGCGGCCAGGGGAGCCGAUACGGGCCCAGGGCAGCUCGGCCUCCCGGGAGCUCCUCGCUCAGGCCGGGCUGGGGUCGGGAGCGCCCGGGAGGGCGGGGGCACUUCGGUCAGGCCGGCCCCGCGCCGGGCGUGGAGACGCUGCCGGAAGGAGCCAGCCGGGGUGCCAGUCUCCCUCGCCCAACCCAGCACCCGCCUCUCCCGGCCCCCGCCCGCGCGCCCCCCACCCCCGCGCCCGGGGCUGCAGCCCCUCUCCCGCCACUAGGGGGCGUGCCGACACGAGAGCGCUACAGUGUAACCCUUUCUGCCCCGACACCACGGAAGGCUCCCCCCCCACCCCCGCCCUGCCCCCGAGCCCCGGCCGCGGCCGUCGGCCGACCGUGUGACCCGUGGCGCUCAGAAUUCGAUCGUGGAACGUUCCCGGGAGCGGAGCAUUGUGACGUCAGCGCCCCCAGCCCUCCGCGCCGGCCCCCGCUCUAG